UUGAUUUGCAAUCUUUAUUAUCUUACAUUAACAACAUCAACAACGGCGGCAUCGGCAACAACGCAAUCUGUCCGAAGAGAAUUGCAUACAAAUAUUUAGAAUUUCCUAUUCCGGUAAAUAUUACUACAGAAAAUAUUUGAGGUCGGUCAUUGACUAGUUUUGAAAAUAAAUUUAUAUAUACAUACAUAAAUUUAAUGGCGUCACGAGUCGAUUAUAAGAAAAAAUUAAUGGAUUAUAGAAAAUCCAUUGGAACGACAACUCCAAAAACUGUGGCAUUUAAAGAGCCAACUUCGCAAUCAGAUGAAGAUACUUCUUACAAUUAUCCACAUCUACAGCGAUAUCAACAAUUCUUAGCAAUAUCUCCUGAAAAAGAAUCGAUUGAUGAAAAUAGAAAAAGUGCUUCGAGAGAGCCAACGAAUUCAAAAGUGCCAUCGCCACAGCCAUCAGUAGAUAUAUUGCCAACACCUGGAUUUGUAAGGGAAAGCAGUUUUCUGUCAGAACCCAUUGGCCGGUACUCUAACUGGAAUAGUCAUCAUGCUCUUCUUGCCUCUCAGCCAUGGUGCUGUAUUGGUGAUUUAAUGGCGUUUUGUGAUAAAUACGAAUUUAAAGCCAUCAGUGUCACAGAUGUGCAAUCACAUGCCAAUAUAGUCAGUGAAGUUCGAUCAUUACUUAAUGGGAAAGCGCCAUUCGAUAUGCGUCGACGUUUUCCAGGAAACAUCCGAAACGAAGAAAAUCUAUUGGUAUGCAUUGGUCGUUGUCCCAGUAUUGAAUAUCACUUGGAACGAAUAUUGACCGCAUUUCGCCGGCCAUUAAAUAAACUUUCGACGGAGAAACAAAAUGUCGCAAAACAAAAUUUCCACUUAGCCAUUCGAGAAUUACAUCUAGAUAUAUCGGCGCGUAUAUCAGAAAUUCGUCUUUAUGAUCGAAUGAUAUUCGAAAAGGAAUUUCAUUUAAAGUGGCAGGACAGUUUGGAAUAGAAUGUGGAAAAUUGAAUGCCCUUUUUUGCAUGAAUUAUCAUUAAAAAAAAUUUAAAAGUAGAUAUAAAUAAAAAACUUUAAUAGAGUUUUAAAUAUAUUUUAUUUUUUAUAUUUUUAA